CUUCCCCAGCGCCCCACAGACAUCAAAGGGGUAGACGAGGCAGUGUAUCUGCACCUAAGGAAGCCAAAAGUGAGCAGAACCAUGCCACGGGUCUUCCGUAAUGAGUACUUCAGCUUAAGGUUCUUUCCUCAGGAUCAUCAUGUGUCCAGAUUUCGAAAAUCAAAUGUGGCCUACACGUUCAGCAAUCGAGGUGGGUACAAACUAAAUGACAAAAUCCUUGAGGAAAGUCUUAAUAAGUACAAGGGAAAGUACCGUUCACUCAACUAUUUCCGAGAAAACCUUCAACCACUCCAUACUGCAUUCGGAAGAACCACCUAUAGAAAAUUCAUAAAGAAGUGUCUAUUCAAUUCGCUUCACAAACAUACCAAGACUCAGCUGGAUUUUGAAAAAGUGUCAGGGGUAUUUAGAUUCAUGUUCAAUUUGGUUCCUGGCACCUCAGAGGAAAGGCAAAUCAUUAAACAAGAUAUGGACCGCUGUAUCCAGCGGGUCUUAUCUCCGGCCUUCGAAAAAGAGUUA